CAUGAGUAUACGUUCCGCGUUGUCUCGACAAGUGUGUAGUCAGGGCGCUGGCUAGAGUUUGUUUCUUGUCGUCAGAGUUUGCCUGAAGUCAACAGUUCUAAGUCAAACAUGGGUGACACCCCGGCAGAGGCAGUCGAGGCCCCACAAGCUUACGCUCCGACAACAGCCACCAUGGUGUCUGCCCCUGUUAUCGACGUCGAAUACAUCAAAACCUUCCCUGGCAUCCUAAAAAUUAUAGAACUGUUCCUAGGUUUCAUCGCCUGGGUGUGUAUCGCGUCAUCAGGCUACUGCUGCGGGGAGAACUUCGUCAUGUUUGUGGAAGUGACGGCCUGGCUGACUACGAUUCUUCUGUUGUUAGUUCACGUACUAACCCUGCACUCCAAGGCACCGCUGUCUGCUCUGCCGUGGCCGUUCAUUGAGUUCUGUUAUCACGCGGGAGUGACCCUGAUGUAUUUUAUCGCGGCCUGUGUGGUGUCCGCCUCUACCGGGAACAGGUCUACUGUCUGGGCGGCCUGGUACAACAGCACCUACAGUGCCGCUUCGGCGUUUUCCUUCUUCACGACCAUGGCGUACGGACUGGACACGUACCUGUCGUUCUCCGCCUGGCGGGAAGAGCCGCCCAUCAACCGGCACAUGACUCCUGAUCCGCCCGCCCAGCCAGCCGCAGUGUAGGGGUCCGAGCCACACAUUAGUAUCAACAUUUAGUCUAUACCAGACUACAAUCGAAUGGAGAGCAGGAAAAUAGCUGAAGUUGGCCAAAUAGGCUGAAUAAUAUGCUAGUAAAAUUAGUUUUUUUAGUGUACGGCUUUAUAGAA